AUGGGAAAAAAACAACAUCAAAAGGAUAAACUAUAUUUAACAAGCACGGAAUGGAAAGAAUUUGGUGGUCACAAAGAUGAUAAAGGAACACGGAAGAGAAGAGCUGACUUUAAGAAGUUACCUCUCAACCAUUGUGCUUUAUCGCUUUUACCUUUUGAAACCCCUGCGUGCUCUCCCGAAGGACAUAUUUUCGAUAUUAACGCAGUCACUGCAUAUAUAAAGAAACAUGGUGUAGAUCCCUGUUCUGGUAAAAAACUCACUCUGAACGAGUUGAUUCCAUUGAAGUUCCAAAAAGAUAAUGAAGGAAACUUCCGUUGUCCAAUUAUGUUCAACACAUUGUCGGAAAAUAGUCACAUAGUGGUUAUCAGACCUACAGGAAAUGUAUACUCGUAUGAAGCUGUUUAUGAAUUAAACAUCAAAAACAACCAUUUCAAAGACUUGCUCACAGAUAUGCCUUUCUUAAGGACGGACAUUAUCACUUUACAGGAUCCCAAUAAAGUUGAAAAGUUUAACAUCGAAGAAUUCCACCAUGUGAAGUUGAAUGCAAAAACUAAAGAAGAAAUUGCUAGAGAAAAGAAAGAAAUGCAGAAGCCCGCAUUCUUUAUCCGUAGGAUGAACAAUGAAACAAAAGAAGCUCUCGAUCAGUUGAAGAAAGACUAUGUUCCUAAAAAGAUUGAAGCGUUGAAAGAAGUAGUUGCUGAUGAGAUCAAUGCUGCUCAUUACAGUCAAGGACAUGUGGCUGCUGGCUUCACUUCUACAACCAUGGCACCUAUCACCAAGCAAAAGGCUGCUGUAUUAGCUGAUGAUGUUGUUCGUUAUGCUCGUGUGAAAAAGAAUGGCUAUGUUAGGCUUGUUACUAAUCAUGGACAUAUCAACUUAGAACUGUAUUGCACGAAAGCACCCAAGGCUUGCGAAAAUUUUCUCACUCAUUGUAGUAAAGGAUAUUAUAACGGAACAAUUUUCCAUCGUAUUAUUAAGAAUUUCAUGAUGCAAGGAGGAGAUCCAACAGGUGAAGGAACUGGUGGAGAGUCGAUUUGGAAGAAACCUUUUGCCGAUGAGUUUGUAUCGGGUUUAUCACACGAUGCUCGAGGAGUGUUAAGUAUGGCCAACAAGGGAACCAAUACCAAUCAAUCUCAAUUUUUCAUCACGUUCCGCCCAUGUAAGUAUUUGGAUAAGAAGCAUACCAUUUUUGGCAGAGUUGUUGGGGGGCAAGAAACUCUGACAUCUAUUGAACGAGUUCCAACAGAGGAUUCGAAAGACCGACCUUUGGAACCAGUGCAAUUCAUGAGAGCUGAAGUUUUCGUGGACCCAUUCCAAGAAGCUGAAGAAGAGGUUCAGAAAGAAAGAGCUGAUAUAUUGAACAAAGAUAAAAACGGAGAGCAGCAGAAAGAAAAGGAUAAAGUAGUGAAACCGAAAACUUUCAGUAGUGGGAUCGGCAAGUAUAUAAAUCCUCAAAAUAAACGUGUAUCCAGUGCUGUUAGUGCGAGUGGAGGUGAAUCUGAGAUAAAGAAACAGAAGUUUGCCAAAUCCUCUUUGAAUGAUUUCUCAAAAUGGUAA